CGGACUUGCGCAUGCGUACGGAAUGUUCUUUUGUUUUUCUCGCGAGACGUGCAAACGUCAGUAUGGCGGUGCUCCUUGAAACAACGCUGGGGGAUAUUGUAAUUGAUUUGUUCACAGAGGAAAGACCUAAAACCUCCCUAAGCUUCCUGAAAUUAUGCAAAAUAAAAUACUACAACUACUGUCUCAUCCACAAUGUGCAGAGGGACUUCAUUCUGCAGACUGGAGAUCCUACUGGAACAGGCCGUGGAGGCGAAUCUGUCUACUGCAAACUUUAUGGAGACCAGGCGCGCUUUUUUGAUACGGAGAAAGUGCCGCGCAUCAAACACAGGAAGAAGGGGACGGUUUCCAUGGUGAACAAUGGAAAUGAUCAGCAUGGCUCUCAGUUUCUCAUCACAACUGGGGAGAACCUGGAUUAUCUGGAUGGAGUCCACACUGUGUUCGGAGAAGUUACAGAAGGAUUGGAUGUCUUGACCAAGAUCAACGAGUCGUUUGUUGACAAGGAUUUUGUUCCAUUUCAGGAUAUCAGGAUAAACCACACAGUAGUCCUGGAUGAUCCGUUCGACGACCCUCCGGAUCUGCCAGUUCCAGAUCGAUCACCUGAGCCCACCAAAGAGCAGCUAGAUAGUGGUCGUAUUGGAGCCGAUGAAGUAAUCGAAGAUGCAGAUGGGAAAGGGGCCGAGGAGCUGGAGGAGAGGCUGAAGGAGAAAGAAGCCAAGACUCAGGCCAUCCUGCUAGAGAUGGUUGGUGACCUUCCUGAUGCAGAUGUCAAGCCUCCUGAGAACGUUCUGUUUGUUUGCAAACUGAACCCAGUAACCACAGAUGAGGACCUCGAAAUCAUCUUUUCUCGCUUUGGGUCCAUAAAAAGUUGUGAGAUCAUCAGAGACUGGAAAACUGGAGAUUCCCUCUGCUACGCUUUCAUUGAGUUUGAAAAGGAGGAAGACUGUGAGAAGGCUUACUUCAAAAUGGACAAUGUGCUAAUUGAUGACCGACGGAUCCAUGUGGACUUCAGCCAGUCUGUUGCAAAGAUCAAAUGGAAAGGGAAAGGUGGGAAAUACACUAAAGAUGACUUCAAAGCCUACGAGAAGGACCUGGAGAACCGUUCCAAAGUGGCUCUCAAAGAUCAAAUGAAGCCUAAACAAGACUCUAAGUAUGACCUGCUGAUUGAGGACGAAGAGGAGACCACCAGCCAUCGGCACUCUGAGAAGAAACACAAGAAGCAUCAUCAUCAUUCAGACGAUGAAGACAGCAGGAAAUCCAAAAAGCACAAGGACAGCGAGGAGAGCAGGCGCGACAGAAAGUCAGGCCGCCAGCGCUCCCGCUCACGAUCACGAGACCGAGAUCACAAACAUGGCAAGUCCCGGCUCAAACACGGGAAGGAGGGGCGUGAUAAAGGUCACAGGGACAGGAGCCGCAGUCGUUCUCCCAGGAAGUCCAAGGAUAAAGAGAGGAGCAGAGUCAGAUGAGGGAGGAAAGGCAAGGGAACUUUCCUGCUCUUGAUUUACUGAUAUAAUUUUCAUAACUUUCGUGUAAAAUCACUUAGCCCCACCUUAAAGCAAAAGUGACACCAUCUGAGCAAUUUCUAGAUAAACAAAUUAAAGAAGUGUAGUUUUUCUGAAUCGGAGAUAGAUUCACUAUGAGGUGGAAGUUGUCUGAACUGUUCUACAUAUUUAAUCCUUGCAUUUUUAUACCAUGACAGACUUCCCCAUCGCAGUGUUGUUGACUUUCUGCAUCUUCCUCUUGUGUCUGUGGCACAUUUAGAACAAAGGCAGCAGAUGAUCCCACCCGCCACUGACUCUUGGGUUUUUUUUUGUAUUCAUUAAAUGUCGGCAUGGAAAGUUGCUGGGUGGAGUGUGUCCCCACACGGCUGAGGGAAACCACUGGUGUCUCCCUCCACCCACCUCUAGACCCGAGGUUUAUAUCCAAAUGUCACAGCUGAUAUCCUUAUCUGCAGGCUCUUGAUGAAUUUCAAACAGGUGUUUCUUUAGGGCUUUAUCUGGUAGUUUAUGACAGCUGUUAAACAUUUUCAUUUACAGAGAUUAUGUUCUGGCAAAUUAAGCUGAAAAGUUACAUUUUAAAUUGGAUUUCAAGCACAAUAAACAUCUUCAACAUUUUUA